GACGGGACGGGACGGGGACGGGACGGGACCGGACGGGACGGGACGGGACGGGACGGGACGGGACGGGACCGGACGGCGCUCUGUCGUGAUGACGGGCUCCGGUCCGAAGCUCGGCGUCGUGCUGCUGCUGGCGGUGCUGCUGCAGACCGUGGUCGUCACCAUCACCGUGCUGCACUUCAGCACGGCUCUCAACUCGAUGAAGGAGGCGUUCGCCAGGAGCAGUGUUUCCUGUCUGACGGGCGCCGACCUGCAGAGCGUCACGGCCGUGCGAGGGGAUCCGUGCUGGCAGGUCACUCAGCAGCUCCACCUGCUCAUCCAGAAGUCUCUGUCUCAGCGUUACCAGAGGCAGAUCUCCUCGGCAGUUAGAGAUGAGGUGUCCCGGGUGCUGCCCUCACUAGUGAUGGAGGACCAGGCUUCACCUCGCCCCAAAGUGGCGGCUCACGUCACCGGCAGCUUCGUGCCCAAACUGGAUCAAGAGGGAGGAGCUCCGGUGUCGGCGGGGCGCCGGGUCCAGGGCCAGAAGAUCUCGUGGUGGGAGGGGCAGAAGGGGCUGGCCUUCCUCCAGGACGUCCAGCUGGUGGACGGGGAGCUGGUGGUGCCGCAUCCCGGCCUCUACUACGUCUACGCCCAGACCUACUUCAGACACACGCACUCCCUGGAGGAGGAGGAGGGCGAGGGCGGCGAGGAGGCGGAGGACCGGGGGCGGCCCCUGCUGCAGUACGUCUAUAAGAAGGUGAGCAACUACCCGGCUCCCUUCCUGCUGAUGAAGACCAUCCGGACCUCCUGCUGGUCCCGGGGCUCCCAGUUCUCCCUGCACUCCGCCCACCAGGGGGGGCUGUUCCCGCUCAGCGCCGGCGACCGCCUGUUUGUCACCGUGACGAACGCCUCCGCCGUGGACAUGGACGAGAAGAGCAGCUUCUUCGGCGCUUUCCUCGUCAGCUAGAGGAAUCGGGGGCGCCGCCUGGUCUCGCGGUGAAUCUCCAGAUCCGCGGACGCGAGUCCCGUUUUGCGACGGCUAACAGACUCGUCUCAGAGACAAAAGACUGACACUAGAAGUGGCAGGUUUGUAUCUGACAACACUGGUCUUGUUGGCGGACGAGAGACUAAAGAGGACGUGGAUCUGAGAGUCGUGUGUGUGAGAGAACUCGUGAACGGCUGAUGGUAAAUGUGUGGAGGUUUACCGUGAUCAACACAGACGCAAACAUUUCUUAGCGGCCGACGUUGUUUCACUCGCACCGGGUUCAUCAGGUUGACCGACGUACAACCUUCAGCAUUUAGUGAAAUCUGCCGUCGUAGCUCAUGUUCACUCACAACCCCCCCCCCACCCCCCCACCACGAGCUCCUCUUCAAACUGCCUGUCACUCAACGGCGUCUUAGGCAUUUCUUGUCAGUUCAAAGACAGAUCAUCUGUUGGCGUCUCCGGAGGGACGAGUCUUUACAUGUUCAUUUCUCACAUUAGAAAAUGCUGCACACAUGCCAGCAACAUGUGCAGGGGGACAUAUGGUCACAUUUACCCAAAGGGGGGCGUGUGUGCAAACCCUCCAAACCUCAAACUCCCAAAAGUUGACUGGCGUUGCCCCCGAUCCGAGCGAGGACGAUAAUGGAUGCUGGAAAACUCAGAUGUAAAACUAGAAGGGCGAAUACCUCUCCGCCCAAUGGGUUCUUCCUCCCGCCGCGAUAUUCCUUGGGGUGUCGGUGAAGCCGGUUCACGCAAGGCGCAAUCCUGCUCACGGACAAUCAGAUGAAAACAUCAUUCUGUGGGAGGUUGUGACGCACCUGUGCAAAAAAGCGUUUCAUAGCAGGUUGAGUCCGCAUGAGGAUCUGUCCGCUAGUCUGCUGACCAGUGGCCGCGUCGCCUCUCCCCUCACGACAGGGAAGUCUGGGUCGCAGAAGAGCAAAGAGAGAAAAGAAAGAGAUUAGAAACCACGGGAAAAGCAACUUUUCAAAAGAAUACAUUAUAUAUAUAUAUAUAU